AUGCACUUCUUGACUAUAUAUCCCAACUGCAGCGGCUGAGUUGUCAGAGCUCAGAGCCGGACAGAGCAGAAGAACCCUCUUGGACUGGACGAUCUGGGAAUUCAAAACUUGGGACAAACUGUCAGCCUUGCCCCUGCUGUGCAGGCAGCCUCAAUGCUGAAGAUGGAGCCUCUGAACAGCACGCACCCCGGCACCGCAGCCUCCAGCAGCCCCCUGGAGUCCCGUGCGCCCGGCGGCGGCAACGGCAACGGCAACGAGUACUUCUACAUUCUGGUUGUCAUGUCCUUCUAUGGCAUUUUCUUGAUCGGAAUCAUGCUGGGCUACAUGAAAUCCAAGAGGCGAGAGAAGAAGUCCAGCCUCCUGCUGCUGUACAAAGACGAGGAGCGGCUCUGGGGGGAGGCCAUGAAGCCGCUGCCCGUGGUGUCAGGCCUGAGGUCGGUGCAGGUGCCCCUGAUGCUGAACAUGCUGCAGGAGAGCGUGGCGCCCGCGCUGUCCUGCACCCUCUGCUCCAUGGAAGGGGACAGCGUGAGCUCCGAGUCCUCCUCCCCGGACGUGCACCUCACCAUUCAGGAGGAGGGGGCAGACGAUGAGCUGGAGGAGACCUCGGAGACGCCCCUCAACGAAAGCAGUGAAGGGUCCUCGGAGAAUAUCCAUCAGAAUUCCUAGCACCCCCGGGACCCCUGCCGGAGGCUCCAUCAGCCAGCACCCUUAGAGAGAGGAAAGACAGUUUUCAAGUGUCUGGUUUCACUUUCGCAGUGCGGCUGCCACUUUGAAAAGACCCUCGGCAAGCCCCUAAUUUGGGGUGGGGUGGGGGACUAGGCUCAGCCGGAGUCAGCAGCCUCGAGGAGUCGGGGAGGUGCCUGUGGUUUGCACCCACCACUGAAAAAGCCGCGGAGAUGUAGAGAGUGUACAUUGACUUUGGGGCCUGGGUGUUGGGGUUCUGUUCAGAAUUUGGCGGGAUGAUAUGCUUGCCAUUUUCUCACAGGAUGCCCUGGGUAGCUCCUGCAGGGUCUGCCUCUUCCCAGGGCUGCCAAAUGCUUAGGACAUGCUGAGGGACUAGUUGUGAUUUGCUAUUUGCCUAGAGCUUUGUCCUUCUAGAUCUGAUUGACUGUAAGUAUCUCUACUGUGUACCUGUGACAUUCCUUCACGGUGGGUUACAAGCUUCUUUUGGAUUAGAGAAGGAUUUUUGGUGGAAGAAGGCUGGAGAUCUGAACCCAGCCCAUUUGCACACU